UCCACGUGCGCCUGUCCCGUGUCCCUGCUGGGAAGGGGGGAGCCGGUGGGGGGAUGUGGGGCUGUGGGUGGUGGGGUGGGGGUGUGAGGAGGGAGCCGGGGGUGCCGAGGGCUUUAUCUCCCGCCUGGUGAAACAUUAACUCCCUCACAAAACCUGCCCCCGUUGCAAAACCUCCCCUCGAGGACGAGGGUCACCAUGUCCCCCCACAGCAUUGUCCCCACCACCCCCCUCUCCCACCUCGGGAGCCCUCGGGGGGCACAGGGGCAGCACCCCUCGUCCCGGCCCCGCUGCCCGGGGUGUCCCUGAGCCCUGGGGUGGGACACGUGUCCCGGGAGGUGACCCUGGUGCCGCCUGUCGCUUUCCCUGCGGACAGACAGACGGACGGGUGGCAGGAAAGCGCAGCCGGGGGCCACCUGGGGGGAACCCACAUCCCGGGAGGCGCCCACGGGCAGGGGGUCUGCGCCCACCACAGCUCCCACCACCCUCACCCCGGUGUCCCCCUCCUCCCCCAGCUCCGCCGCCCCCGGGAUCCGGCCCCAUGGGCCCCCCCGGGCUCCUCCUGGGGCUCCUCCUGGCUCUGGGGGUCGGGGGGACGCCGGAGCCCCCGGGGCCGCUGCCCGAGGAGCAGGAGCACGGGUAUUACCUGCAGCAGCUCUUCGGGCAGUACGGGGCCAACGGGACCCUGCCCUUCGAGGGGCUGGCGCGGCUGCUGGGCAGCCUCGGGCUGGGCCGCGUCCAGGUGGUCCAGAUCCAGCACGAGGAGCUGGGCCACGGCCACGUCAGUCACCUGGACCUGCUCGAGGUGCAGGAGGAGAAGCACCGGCACCGGCACCCGGUCUGGGAGCACGGCGGGGACGCGGCUCCCGGCGCCCCAGCGACCGACCGACCCCACAGCCCCCCGCCCUCCCAGACACAAAGCUGGGCAAAGCCGGUGCCCACCGAGCCCCCCGGCGCUGGGGGCCCCCCCCGGCAGUACCAGCCCACCCUCAGCCUGCUGGGGAGGGUCCUGGGCUUGGAGCACUCCAGCGCCGACCACCCGCACGACGACUGCCUCAACGUGACCCAACUGCUGGUGAACUUCGGGCUGGACUCGGCGUCGCAGCUGACGCCGGAGCAGUUCACCCUCCUGUGCCCGGCCCUGCUCUACCAGAUCGACAGCCGCGUCUGCAUCCAGCACAGCGAUGAGGUGACGCUGCCUCCCCCGGGGGGGGGCCUGUGGCCAGCGCUGGGCUGGGCUCUCCUGGCCGUGGCCUCCGUCAGCCUCCCGUCCGCCCUGGCCGUCCUCCUGGUCCCGCUGCUGAGCCGCAGCUUCUUCCGCUCCCUCCUGGCCUUCCUGGUGGCCCUGGCCGUGGGGACACUCUGUGGGGACGCCCUGCUCCACCUCUGGCCCCACGCCCAGGGGGGGCACCAGGACACGUUGUCGGGGCCGGGGCCGGCGGUGCUGCAGGGGCUGGCGGUGCUGGGGGGCAUCUACCUGCUCUUCCUGCUGGAGCUGCUCCUGGGGAUGCUGCGGCGCAGGCGGGAGGCCACGGGGCACCCCCAUGGAGAGACCCCCGGUGUGGCCGCGGGGGUCCUGGCACCGUCACGAGGAGGGGCCGAGCUGAGACACCUCAGGGCACCAGACACGGACCCGGAGCUGGAGCUGAGGCCCCACGGACCCCCCCGGGAAUCCCCCCACGGGCCCCCCCACGGACACUCCCACGGCCCCGCGCUGCCCCUCAGCCCCGGGGCCACCGACAUCGUGUGGAUGGUGGUCCUGGGGGACGGGAUCCACAACCUGACGGACGGGCUGGCCAUCGGUGCCGCCUUCUCCCACAGCCUCUCCAGCGGGCUCAGCACGGCGCUGGCCGUGCUCUGCCACGAACUGCCUCACGAGCUGGGUGACCUGGCGGUGCUGCUGCGGGCGGGCACCGCCCCCCGCUCCGUCCUGCUCCUCAACCUGCUCUCGGCCCUGCUCUCCUGCCUGGGCGUGGUCGCGGGGGUGGCCGUGGGGCACAGCGGGACCCCCCUCACCCCCUGGGUCCUCACCGCCACCGCCGGCAUCUUCCUCUACGUGGCCUUGGCCGACAUGAACGCGGGGUUCCUGCUGGGCAGUGGCAUCAUGUUGGGCAUCGCCCUGGCCGAGGGGCACGUCCGCGCCUGGCUGCAGCUCUGAGGGGCUCGGCCGGGGCCAGGACCGGAUGGCAGGACCCCCAACGUGCCCCCAGGACCGGAUUUUUUCACCUCCUGAAGACCCUCAGCGGCAUCCGCUGCCUCGGGAGCCUCAGGCUCAGCCCUGUGGGGUGGGACUCGGGGGUCCCCUCAGCCCCCCUGGGUGGGGGCACUGGGGUGCUCACACACCCGGCUCCGGGGCUGAAUCCAAGCUUGUUCCCCUUCCCGUCCUCCCAGACCAGGCAGAGGAAGGACAACAGCCCGUAGAAGCAAUAGCAUUUUAAUAAACAUAAUUGAUUCAAAGCCACAA